CUACGUCAUCGCGCAGAGGUUGUCUAACAGCCAAGAUGGCCGCCACGAUGCUGAGGUCGCUGUCCAAACUAGGACGUCCUUCAACUAAACUCAUAUUAAAUAAUAACUUACUGAGCCCCAGCUGCAGUGUUCUGCAAAACAGGCAGAAACAAUGGCAGCCGGACGUGGAGUGGACGGAGCAGUUUGCUGGGGCAGUGAUGUAUCCCACUGCCCUCAACGACAAGUGGACCCCCCCUCCAUGGAACGACAAAGACCCUAAUGCAGAGAAGGAUGUGUCCAACCUGACCAUAAACUUCGGACCCCAGCACCCUGCGGCUCACGGCGUGCUGCGCCUCGUACUGGAGCUCAGUGGAGAGUCGGUCAAGAAGUGUGACCCCCACAUCGGGCUGCUCCACCGCGGCACAGAGAAGCUCAUCGAGUACAAGACCUACCUGCAGGCUCUGCCCUACUUCGACCGCCUGGACUACGUUUCCAUGAUGUGCAACGAGCAGGCCUACUCUCUGGCUGUGGAGAAGCUGCUCAACAUCCAAGCUCCGCCCCGUGCUGAGUGGAUCAGAGUUCUGUACGGAGAGUUGACCCGCAUCCUGAACCACAUCAUGGCCAUCACUACGCACGCCCUCGACAUCGGUGCCAUGACCCCAUUCUUCUGGCUGUUCGAGGAGAGAGAGAAGAUGUUUGAGUUUUAUGAGCGCGUGUCCGGAGCCAGAAUGCACGCCGCGUACGUCAGACCUGGUGGUGUCCAUCAGGAUAUGCCCCUCGGCCUGAUGGACGACAUCUAUGAAUGGUGCAAGAAUUUCUCCAUCAGGAUCGAUGAAGUAGAAGAGAUGUUGACCAACAAUCGUAUUUGGAAGAAUCGUACUGUUGAUAUCGGCAUCGUCACUGCUGAGGAGGCUCUCAACUAUGGAUUCAGUGGAGUGAUGCUGCGAGGGUCGGGCAUCAAGUGGGACCUGAGGAAGUCUCAGCCUUACGACAAGUAUGACCAGGUGGAGUUCGAUGUCCCCAUCGGGAGCAACGGGGACUGCUACGACAGGUAUCUGUGCAGAGUGGAGGAGAUGAGACAGUCCCUGAGGAUCAUGCACCAGGCGCUCAACAUGAUGCCAGAAGGAGAGAUUAAGGUGGAUGACGCCAAGGUGGCCCCACCCAAGAGAUCUGAGAUGAAGAUGUCCAUGGAGUCUCUGAUCCACCACUUUAAACUGUACACAGAGGGCUACCAGGUCCCUCCAGGCGCCACAUACACAGCUGUGGAGGCCCCCAAGGGAGAGUUUGGUGUUUAUUUGGUAUCAGACGGCUCCAGCAGACCCUAUCGCUGCAAGAUCAAAGCCCCUGGAUUCGCUCACUUGGCUGGUCUGGAUAAAAUGGCCAAAGGACACAUGCUCGCUGACGUCGUGGCUAUUAUUGGCACUCAGGACAUAGUGUUUGGAGAGGUGGACCGUUAAUGUGAUGCCGCUAACCUGUGUGUUCCCUGAAGAGCAGGAUUCGACCUCUGUCACACAUCUCUUAGUCGAGUCCUCUUCCUGUUCACCAUUUCUUUCAGUGGGGCUGUGACGGAUGACUCUUCUUAUAAUCAGUGAUGUACAAUGUCCAAAUAAACCUAAUAAAUAUUUUAUGACCGAA